CAAAUAUUGGCAGAUGGGAUGGCCAGCAUAGAGUCAUUCCCGGACCCAAGAAGACGACUCUCGCGCAGCGCGAGACGCGGCACGCUAGCUACCAAAAACGCGCCAACGCGCCCGAGCUUCCCGAAGCGCGUUUUGCUUCGUAGUCAUUACUGUGGACUUUUUUUGGCCAUUCUUUCCCCCUCCUCAUCUCCUCUUCUUUCUCCUCGUUCUGCGUUUUUCCCCCGUUGCUCCCUGCUCCGCCACAAAAAAUCCCCCACCUUCUCCAUUGUUUCGGCUUUUUUUGUCACCCUUCCCUGUGGCCGGCUCCGAUUGUACCUGAAAAAGGCCCGUCCGUCGCGAAACAUUGACCGAUUGGUUCAAUUGUUGUCCCUCGGGGCCCAUCGUACAGCCCCUCUCUUUCAAUAGUUUCUAUUGUUCUUCAACUUUAUAACCUCACAGCUCGACGCUAUCCUCUCCUCCCCUCCCUCUUCGCCGCAUCAAAAUCGAUCCAGCGCCUCGACUUGAAACUCCACAACAAGGAGAUUAUAUCAGCCAGGACAAAGGACGCCGGAGUGAUCCAUCAACGCUCUGUUGUUGUUGUUGAGUGACUCAUCGCGAGUAGUCAACAACACCUAUCCCUGACUUCUCGCCGCCCACCUUGAGCAUCACUAUUCCCUCACUUCCUCCCAUCAUCCUCCCAUUCCCCCACCCUCCGCCUCCCCUUCGGCCGUCCCGAGCAUCUCGCCAGUUCCGCACAGACCUUGUGCCCAAGCGACGCCACUCGUGCAGAUCAGAGGAACGCCGCUCCCCACGCUCCCACCCGUCUGGUGCAUCUCGUGGAAGCCUGAAUCAGCCCUAGAUUAGCGGACCCAACCACGCUAGCCUGCGCGCACCACAUUAGUGAACAACACUUGCCUAUUCUGGCAUCUCGUAUUGUGCUCUUUCCCAAGACCAAAGCUUUGGUUCCUAUCCCAUCUCAUCCCAUCUCUCUUCGUCUUUUGCAUCUUGAUUUGAUUCUUGUCCAUUAUAAUAUUAAUACUAUCAUUAUGCUCGCAUCUAAAUUUCAAGAGCCUGAGCGGGCUUCCGUCGUCCUCCCUACGGUGACUUGCUCGUCGUGCUCUGCCCCUAUCGCCCUGUCCUCUCUUGGCAACCACGUCUGUCAACCUGCCCCUCCUAUGCCCCGAGCACAGCCGUCGCGACCAGCCCAGAUUGCGAUUCCCCAGUCACGGCAAGGGGCACCUGGAUGGAAUCCAUCUCGCCAAGAUCCAUACUCUGCUCGGCCUGUAUUUGCAGGUCCAUCGAGCGCACAUCCAUCUCCUACAGAAUUUGCUAUUCCCAGGCGUCCAUCCGCCAACACCCUCACCCCCCACUCUCCAAACUUUCCACAAGCAUACUCUCCUCAGAUCAAAACCCCAUCUCCCUCCAGCCCGUUCUUUCCCAAUUCAACAGGCGGAUACAGCUCAUACGCUUCCCCGGAGCAUAUGCAAAUGCACAUGGUGGAUACUACCACCGGAGGCGAGUCUGGUAUGGCGGGUGUAGGGAGAAGAGCGUUCGCUACGGCGGCCUGGUCAGUGCGAGCGGGCGUAACGCUGGCGGCAAAUGCAAAGCAGCAAAGUGCCGAUGAUGCGCAUGUCCAGGAGCCUCCGCAAGUGCGAGCACCUCCGCAGACCACGGCUUGGCCUCAGGCCCGGUCAGAAAUUCACCACUCGCACACUGCUCCCAUCCCUCAGCAGCGAGAAGCUGCGCCUUCACGAGUGCAGAGCCCUGCCUCGCCCCCUCAGCGAUCGUACUCUGCUAUGGACCAACGCACGUAUCCCCUGAGAGGAAACGCAGGGCGGGGCGUCUCGAUGUCGUCAUCUGCCAGCAGCCAGAGCGGACUUACAGAUUUGCUCUCGGGUAAAGCCCAGAGACAGUCUAGUAACAAGCGCGACUUUUUUGAAAAGGUCAAGGAGCUAAACAGAAGUGGCAGUGUGCUCAGUCGUAGCAACACUAUGACUACCAGCAAUUCCAACGACAGGAUGGUCUCUAGCCCUGUUGACACUUCCUUUGAUCUCGACGACGACUAUGAGAAUCAGCCUUCGGCUCUUCCUUGGGCAACACCAGAUCUGGACGAGACGCCCCGUCUUCACAUCAAUACCCACUCUGCCUCACCUGAACGGGUACACCGCCGUCAAGCUACAAAUGGCAGCGAUACCUCGUCAGAUUCCUCAAAGUCUGGUCGAUGGGGUGCCACAAGUGGGCCCGAGAGCGAAGAGGUUGUCACACCCAGUCAGAGCUUCGACGGGCUGGCGGACAGAGCGCGAGGAGAGAUCAGGCUGGGACAGAUUGAAAAGGAAGAAGAGGAUGUCCUUGGACUGAUGUCAAAGGUGUCGAUGAGCGAUCAGGAUGGGGGCCGCAUACCGCCUUCCGACUCUGACUCAACCAUCGCUUCGUCUCGAGGGUAUCCUACUACAACAGUUCCCAAUACAACACCCAAUUAUAAAUACUCUCCGAACCACUCCCACCAGCGCAUGCCCAGCGUCAUGUCCCCGAGCGCAAGUAAGCUGGCUCCUCCCAGUCCUUCCCGGAGUAUUGCCCGCAAACAAAAGAGUUGUCAAAAGUGCGGAGAGAUAGUCGGUGGAUCGAAGCGGUUCGUGGAGCGAGAUGGGAUUGUGCUUUGUGAAAAGGACUGGAAGAAACUCUACUUGCCCUCGUGCAGGAGGUGUACCUUACCCAUCGAAAAGUCUGCCGUCUCUAGCUCGGAUGGUCAGCUCAAGGGCAAAUGGCACCGGGCUUGUUUUACUUGCUCUGACUGCGACCGGCCGUUUGCGGAUGAUGACUUCUACGUGUUGAGAGGAAAGCCCUGGUGCCAAUUCCACUACCAUGAGCAAAACGGUACCUUGUGCUGUUCGAGCUCUUGUAGGCAACCCAUCGAAGGGCCUUGUAUUGUCCUGCCGGGACCCGACCCUCAGCGAUACCACGCCGGCCAUUUCCGAUGUGACCACCGCGGUAGCUCCUCGAGCUCUCACCCGUGCAAAGAGAGCAUGGACGAAUACUAUGAUGUUGAUGGGAAGCGCUAUUGCGAGAAGCACGCCGGGGAGAUGAUGAGGGCCGUGAGGAGAGGUGGCGGGAGGGAACUGAAGGCAGAGAAGAGAAGGACGAGAUUGAUUGAUCUGUCGGCCAUGUGAGAGCUGAUUGAUGAUCUGUAGGCGAGUAGUAUAUAAUAUAUAUGUCGACUGGUUGUACCAUAGAAACUACAAAGGACAUUUAGAAUACCAUAUCAUUUGUUGGACUUAGCAAUUAUAGUAGUCUCCUUGCAUGUGAUGUAUUGUUUGACUCUACUGCAAG